AAAGGCAUCACACUAAGGACCUCGAGGGAAGUAUCGGCUGACAGACGGCUGAUCACAGCUGCCAAUCUGGUGGCGCACCUGAGCUGAACCGGGGCCACUUUUUGGUACCCGACCCGACACUGACCUGACAGCCCUAGGCAACGGCAUCGCUCGCUGGAACUUUUCUGUUUAUUACCCCUCCCCCCACCAAACCCAGCGCCGACUGUCAAGUCGCCUUGCAUCUCUGCCUACUUACACAAUAGCAAUCAAUCUACGAUCAAGCUCCAAAGCUUGCAGCUGUUGCUAAAAUAUACUAGCCUCUUAUUAGUUAAAUAGCUGACUCAAAUAUGGCUUCCCCCACCAAGGUCUUUUCCCUCGAGGGGAAAGGUCUGAAGCUCGACACGGCUGAGGACCUGGAGCUUCACAUCGUCGAGUUGCGCGCGAUGGACGAUGUCGAGGAGGUGCGACUACUGGGAAACACGCUAGGCGUCGGCGCGUGCAAACUCCUCGGUGAGGUCCUUGCGACGAAGAAGGGCCUAAGGGUCGCUAACCUAGCCGAUAUAUUCACCGGCCGCCUCCUGAACGAAAUCCCCGAGGCGCUCUCCUACCUCUUGACGUCCAUCCUGAACCUCCCGAACCUGAACUCGAUCAACCUCAACGACAACGCCUUUGGCCUCAACACGCAGGCGCCGUUGGUUGCCUUCCUGGAGGAACACGUCCCAUUGCAGCACCUGUACCUGAACAACAACGGCCUGGGCCCCCACGCCGGCAUCUUGAUUGCCGACGCCUUGUCUAAGCUCCAUGCCAAGAAGGAGGCGGCGCGCAAGCGGGGGCAGAAUGUGCCCUACCUGGAGACUGUCAUCUGCGGCCGCAAUCGCCUUGAGAACGGCAGCAUGACAGCUUGGGCCAAGACGUUCAGCCUGCACAACCAGGUCAAGGAGGUAAAGAUGGUUCAAAACGGCAUCAGGCAGGAGGGCAUUUCGCAUCUGAUUAGCGAGGGUCUUCGGCAUACCACUAGCCUCAAGACGCUGGAUCUGCAGGACAAUACGUUUACUCUGUUGGGUGCCAAAGCCCUUGCAGCUGUUGCCCCUGGCUGGACCGAGAUAUUGGAGUUGGGCAUCGGCGAUUCUCUUCUCGGCGCCAAGGGCGGCGUGCUUCUGUCAAAGUCGCUCGGAAAGGGAAAGAACACAAAGCUCGAGGUACUUCGUCUACAAUACAACGACAUCACAGCCCCCGGUCUCAGAGGGCUGGCGGUGGCCGCGAAGGAGGCUCUUCCCGCCCUCAGGAAGAUCGAGCUCAACGGAAACAAGUUCUCCGAGGAGGACGAGUCGAUCAUUGCUCUCCAGGAGCUUUUCGAGGAGCGCAAGGAGAAGUUGGGCGGCGAUGUUGUAGUCGAAGAUGACUGGGGCGUUGACAGCCUGAGCGACCUUGAGGACGAGUCCGAUGAAGAGGAGGAGGAGGAUGAAGAGGAGGAGGAGGAGGUUGAGGAGAGGGCUGAGAAGCUUAUCAAGGAGGCCGAGGAGGCGCAGGAGGAGCCCGUUGUGCAGCUAAAGGACAAGGAUGUCGACGAGCUGGCAAGCAAGCUGGCCAAGACGGCCAUUUAAUGCGAGCGAUGGCAUUGCCGGUUUGUCGGAAAUUGAGAAUGAAUGGGCGGCGAGAGUCUUUUUUUCCGCCGGGGGAGUGCAGACGAUACCCAGCGAACACUGCGAUAGCGAUGGUUUUGGAGGGAAUAUACAAAUGCCUUCAGAUAGGCAAGGCAGGGGUUGUUGCGUUAGAUGCACUGGAUUAUGGCUCCGUAGUGAGCUCAGAAUCUUUACGGUCUGCAGUUUAGUAGCAUGUCCUCUCAUCCUUGAGAGGUCAAUAAACAGAGAAGGUCUGGCCAGGGACUCGUGAAUAUUGGGACCCGUGAUGGUAAACGAGGGAAACAUGGCAUAUGAUAGGCAGCUUCUACGCAGGAAUCUCUGGCCUAUAGGUUCAGUGUUGUUUCUCGG